AUGUUCCCAACGACCGAGAAUGAAUGGAGAAAUAUUGCAGACGACUUCGAAAAGAGAUGCAACUGUCCGAACUGCCUGGGGGCGGUAGAUGGAAAACAUGUCAAUAUAAAACCGCCCACCGGAAGUGGUUCAUAUUUUUAUAACUAUAAAGGGGCAUACAGCCUAGUGCUCUUGGCAGUGGUCAACGCAAAUUACGAGUUCAUUAUGUGUGAUUUCGGGAUCAACAGCCGCAUAUCUGAUGGAGGAGUUAUUGAGUACAGCCAGUUUUACCGGAAGUUUAAAGAUAGGAAACUCUCCAUACCACCUCCAACAAGAACAAUGAACAGUAAAGAAGCAUUGCCAUUUGUUUUUAUAAGUGAUGAAGCGUUUGCACUCCGCUGUGAUUUCUUGAAACCAUUUAGCCAGAGAGACUGGGAUCAUGAUAAGAAAAUUUUCAAUUAUCGUCUCUCAAGGGCAAGGAUGUAGAGUAGAGAAUGCUUUCGGUAUACUCCCUGCUCGAUUUAGAAUAUUCCACACAGCUAUAUCUAUUAACUUAAAAGCAAUUGACAAAGUAGUGAUGGCAUGUUGUGUUCUGCAUAAUUUUCUGAGAAGAAGAACUGCCACUGUGUAUGCACCUGAUAACAACUUAUACAGGGAGAACCAUGAAGAUGGCACUGUUGAAUUAGGCUUGCAACCCAAUCAGAUGACUAGUUUGCAACGGGGUAACAAUAGAAGAGCAAACAAGGAUGCACAAGAAGUUAGACAGUUAUUUCUGAACUACUUUAAUAAUGAGGGAUCCGUAGCUUGGCAGGAAAGAAUGAUUUGCUAAUUUAUGUAUUAUACCUUCUAAGUACUUAAGUUGAAGUAAAGCGAAUCAAAAUAUCAAGACGAUUUUUUAUUACCCUCUAUAUUAAUAUGUGUACUACUUCAUUAUUUCUUACAUGAAAUCAAAAAAUGGCAUCAAGUAGGUUGACUCCGCACUUCCC